AUGAUGGACCGUGGACACUACGCAAACGAACGCGUCGCGUACAUCACGCGAGUGCAGAGUUUCAGCGCGUGCCACCGACUGCACAGCCAAUCAUUAAGUGAUGACGAGAAUAAGAGGAUAUUUGGAAAAUGCAACAAUCCCAAUGGCCAUGGCCACAACUACAAAGUUGAAGUGACUUUACGAGGAAAGAUCAAUCAAAUCACAGGGAUGGUUAUGAACUUCGCUGACAUGCAACUCCAUAUAGAGGAGACCGUCAUGAAAUCACUUGACCACAAAAACUUGGAUCUGGACGUGGCAUACUUCGCAAAUAAUGUCAGCACGAGCGAAAACCUGGCCGUGUGGAUCUGGGACAGCAUGGCCACGCGCCUCCCGCCCUGCAUGCUCUACGAGGUGAAGGUAUACGAGACGGAGAGGAGUGCAGCUAUGUACAGAGGGGAGUAGACCCGUUGCCUUAUGGCCGCGCGUCCGUGGGAGUAAGUAGUAAAGCUCAGCGCUUUAUUUACGAGUUUGGAGUGAGACUGCCACCUGCUGUGUCUCGCGCCGCCGAACCGUACCGGAUUAACGUUGAAGAGACCCGCUCAGCCAUCCACCAUGUGAAACUGAUCCUAUUAAAAAACACGGAGCUCGCAGGGCACAUCACGGCACACCAAAUCAAUUAAUUAAACCCCCGCAACCAACCUUGUGUAUCUUCUUAAUUUCGACUCUCGUUUCUAUUCUCAUUACCAUGGCUAGUUUGUCUAUACUGUAUGAAAAGUCUCUAAAAUAGUAUGUAGUAUGAUGCAGAUGUCAUACAACAUAUAACACAUAUGAAAUAAAAGUGCAGAGUAAUUCUUAGACAUCUAUGUACAGAUCUUGAGAUCACUCGUAAUAAAUGAAAUACUGAGGCUGAGAGAGCGUCUCCCCUUAGGGUGACAACCUUUCUGCUACCAGUAGGGGGCAGUACAGGGAUGGAUUUGGAGCCCAACAACUGAAGUGUUGGCGUUUCUCUACGAUUAACUCAAAACUUCAUAAAUAAAAUUUACAAGCUUUCCUGUGGCAGAACAAAUGCGUUUAUGUACGAUUUUUAUUUCUGUUGGUUUGUUGUUGUUGUUGUUGAGGUUUUUUUUGCUUUUUGUUGUUUUUUUUUUAAAGAUCAUUUUCUUUGAAUUUUUGUUUUUAAUAACUUAAGUUGCCCAUUUUAUUGCUAUUGUUAACCUAUUGAAAAUGACUCUGGGCCCUGAACAUCGAAGAAACUGCCAACGAGUUUUCCAGAUUUGUGUCUGGUUUCCACUGGAUUUCUGAAAUAAUUCUUGAGGAAAGCAUGUGUCAUCAUGUUGACAAGAAAUAACAAAUGGUCAGUGAUAUAUGAAUGUCUCAGACAUGUACAUUAUCAAUGAUAGAAUGUACCCCCCUAUCUCAUAAAUAUUUUUUAUAUCUCCUGAAACCUGCUACCAUUUUAAAGAUGACAGCCACUACCUUCUACUCGUCCUUAUAUCAAGCUGUAACUUACAUAUUGUGGCAUUCUGAAACUGAUUUUGAGUGAUUCACCUGAUUUGCAAUGUUAGCACUGAUUGCAUUUCAAGCAGAAUAUAGGAAAAGCAUGACCACAUGUCUUUUGACGCAAAUGUACACAGCUCUCACAACCUUUGGACCAUAAUUCAGGCAGUUUUGGCCUAAUUAUAACAUUCUCAGGCUUGCAUUUGCCUUUCUCUGCCAGAAAGGUCUUAUGAUUUGCUGCAUACAAUGAGAUGUAUGUGUCAGACAUGGAAACAAACCUUCAACAGCAAUCACUCUAGUGAAUUAGACAUUAGAGUACAGUGUAUGUGUUCCUGUAAUUACACUGAACUACAUGACAAUGAAAUGUUAGACAUUAAGGUGCAAAAGGCUGUCAUUACUGCUGUGCUUUAUCAAAAAUAGGCUUUUAAUGCAUUCCUCCAAAAAUA